UCCGUCGUCUCGUUUCCGGCGGUCGCGCGCUCUUUUCUUGGGACGGUAGAGGCCGUGUAACGUCGCCGUUACUCCGAGGAGAGAAGUAUUGGUAGAGGAAAAGUCGAGGUUAGAGGGGCCUGGCAAGCACUUCGCUGUCAAGAAUCGAAGUUGAGAGUGAAAAAAAUGCAGAGCAAUAAAACCUUUAAUUUGGAGAAGCAGAACCAUAUUCCAAGGAAGCACCAUCAACAUCACCACCAGCAGCAACAACAGCAGCCACCACCACCAACAAUACCCGCAAAUGGCCAACAGGCCAGCAGCCAAAAUGAAGGCUUAACUAUUGACCUGAAGAAUUUCAGGAAACCAGGAGAGAAGACAUUCACCCAGCGCAGCCGUCUCUUCGUGGGCAAUCUUCCCCCUGACAUCACUGAGGAAGAAAUGAGGAAACUAUUUGAAAAAUAUGGGAAGGCAGGAGAAGUUUUCAUUCACAAGGAUAAAGGCUUCGGCUUUAUUCGCCUGGAAACACGAACCCUUGCGGAGAUCGCCAAAGUGGAGCUGGACAACAUGCCACUCCGUGGAAAACAGCUGCGUGUGCGCUUUGCCUGCCACAGUGCAUCCCUUACUGUCCGAAACCUUCCUCAGUAUGUGUCCAAUGAGCUUUUGGAAGAAGCCUUUUCUGUGUUUGGCCAAGUGGAGAGGGCUGUAGUCAUUGUGGAUGACCGAGGAAGGCCCUCAGGAAAAGGCAUCGUUGAGUUCUCAGGGAAGCCAGCUGCUCGGAAAGCUCUGGACAGAUGCAGUGAAGGUUCCUUCCUGCUAACCACAUUUCCUCGGCCUGUGACUGUGGAACCCAUGGACCAGUUAGAUGAUGAAGAGGGGCUUCCAGAAAAGUUGGUUAUAAAAAACCAACAAUUUCACAAGGAGCGAGAGCAGCCACCCAGAUUUGCACAGCCUGGCUCCUUUGAGUAUGAGUAUGCCAUGCGCUGGAAGGCACUCAUUGAAAUGGAGAAGCAGCAGCAGGACCAAGUAGAUCGUAACAUCAAGGAGGCUCGUGAGAAGCUGGAGAUGGAGAUGGAAGCAGCUCGUCAUGAGCACCAGGUCAUGCUAAUGAGGCAGGAUUUGAUGAGGCGUCAGGAAGAACUUCGGAGAAUGGAAGAGCUGCAUAACCAAGAAGUUCAAAAACGAAAGCAGCUGGAGCUCAGGCAGGAGGAGGAGCGCAGGCGCCGUGAGGAAGAAAUGCGGCGACAACAAGAAGAAAUGAUGCGGCGACAGCAGGAAGGAUUCAAGGGAACCUUCCCUGAUGCGAGAGAGCAAGAGAUACGAAUGGGCCAGAUGGCUAUGGGAGGUGCUAUGGGCAUAAACAAUAGAGGCGCCUUGCCCCCUGCUCCUGUGCCAGCUGGUACCCCAGCUCCUCCAGGACCUGCCACUAUGAUGCCAGAUGGAACCUUGGGACUGGUAAUAAGCUGCAGGAGACUGACCCCUCCAACAACUGAACGCUUUGGCCAGGCUGCUACAAUGGAAGGAAUUGGGGCAAUUGGUGGAACUCCUCCUGCAUUCAACCGUGCAGCUCCUGGAGCUGAAUUUGCUCCAAACAAACGUCGCCGAUACUAAUAAAAUUUGCAGUGUCUAGUUUCCCAAAACCCUUAAAAGAAGGACCCUUUUUGGACUAGCCAGAAUUCUACCCUGGAAAAGUGUUAGGGAUUAUCCCAAUAGAUAGGUCUUUCCUGCCUGUGUUACUCUGGAGAGUUUACUUGGAGGCCGAGGGCAAGGGAGGGGGUGAUAGUUAACCAGUCAGCUCUGUGUGGGUGUGGUAUAUUGUUAAAUCAAUCAUGUGAUGCAUUCCUGAAGUCUCCGUGUAAUUGUUGGGGUCUGGGGAAACUGUAACAAACUGGAUCAUUAGCCCUGAUAAUCUUGAUCAUUCCACACUUUUUUUGGGUCAAUAAUGUUUUAUUUGUUCUCAACCCUACAACUCUUCAACCCAGAGACACUGCCACAUAUACCACAAAAACCAAACUUCCCCCAAUGACCUAGCCUCAUUUCUCCAUUCACUCCCAGGUGAGAAUUCAGGCAAAUGUCCAGAGGUCACAGACUGCAUAUGUACGGUUUUGUUAUAGCCCAUAUAUCACCCCUUCAUGUCCUAAGGAAGACAUUUUCUCUUAGAGAUUUUCAUUUUAGCAUAUCUUAAAAAAAGCAAACUUGUGUUAACUUGGCUCCAUCUUUUUCUUGGGUAAGGACAACCCAGGAAUUACCUUCUUGUGUCCAUGUUGACCUUCACAGCUUUUCUUGAUAGGCCUAGAAUAAACAUGGGAACAGGGUUGCUGUAUGCUGAUGGUCUGACAGUAGCUCUUAGCCUUGCCUAUCUUAGGUAGUUAACGCUGUGCAUUUUUUUUUAUUGGUGUAUUAUGUUUGAUUGUCCCUAAUACCUGAAAAUUUGGAGUUUUUCUGAGAAAUGGAUCAAUGAUGCAGCAUCAACUUAUUAAAAUACAUUUUAAGCCUUUUAA